AUGACGGCGGCGCGAAAGAAGAAGCUGAGUAUCAGCGGCAUUGCAGGAAGCAACAAGAAAGAGAACAUGAAGGGCAAUGGAAGAAGCAAUGGAACAGGAGGAGGAGGAUGGAGUUUUGGACGAUGGGGCUCUACAAAGACGGCUUCAACAAACACAACGAGCAGCUCGGGGACCACUUAUCCCAUUUCAGUGCCUUCUGGUUCUGCUGCUGGAGGCGCUACUGCUGCAAACGCUAGCAAUAGUUCAGCCAGCCCAAGCCAGAGCCCAAGUCCAGGUUCAAAUCAGUGUCCGAGCACCAGCACAAGCACAAGCACCCACCAGGACCAGCGCGGACACUACUUUCGAUCCCACCUUCAUCAACACGCCAGCUCGGCUUCGGCGCCGUCUCAUUGUCAUCCUCACUCUCAUUCUCACUCCCAUUCUCACGCUUCCGUUGUCGCCGCUUACAAUUCGGCCCUCAAGAGACCCGUCGUCGCUGUUCAUCCUCUCUCUGACUCCAAUUCUGUCUCCUCCGUCUCCUCUUACUCGACUACAGCAUCAUCUACACCAACAUCAUCAUACGGCUCACCCACUACCACCGCAACAACAACCCCGGUCUCGUCUCCUGCCUCGUCUGUCGCAUCCCCAACUCCAAGAUCGACAUCAACAUUCGCUACUCCCGUAUCUGUACCGACCAAACCCCCAAAGAGAUCCGUCCACUUCCGCUCUGGCACGACAAUCAUCUCUAGCAGUAACAAUAACAGCAGCGCGCCCUGUAUUCCCGUCCUCUCUGUCGUGCCUCCGCCUGGCCAAGACGGCGGCGACGGAGAGGCAAGACGGCCCGCCAUGCAGCGAGUUUCUUCCUUUCUCCCCUCGUGGGACAAGAGGUCGUCGGGAGGUUCUAGAGCUGGCUUAUUUGGCUGGUCCUCCAACCGUUCCAGCACCUCCAUAUCCGUCGCAAACUCCAAUGCAUUGUCCAGGUUAAAUACUGCGGCCGCUAAUGCCAGUGGCCGAGUACAACGGGAGGCUUUCUGGCCUGCCACUCUGGAUCUCGAAUGCGAAAAGGCUGCCCGCAUCCUCAAGUCUUUCUGCACGGAUGGAUAUCUCGUGCCAUUGGAGGAAGAAGAAGACGCACAAUCGACGACAAGCGAACCACGCUCCCCAAAACGAGUCACCAAGAAGAUCCCUAAGCGCAUCAUCCAAAACGCAGCCGGAAUCGCCAUCUUUACCUGCAUGCGCAGCGGUCUGUACAUGACAGGCUCCGGCGGCUCCGGUAUUCUCAUAGCACGAAAGUCAGAUGGUACCUGGUCACCCCCAUCAGGAAUCAUGUUACACACACCCACCCUCAGCUUUAUUAUCGGCGUCGAUGUUUACGAUUGCGUUCUCGUUAUUAACAACCUUGCCGCCCUCGAAUCAAUCACAAAGCCUCGUGUCACCCUAGGAGAAGACGUCGGACUAACUAGUGGCCCCCUGGUAUCGCUUGACUCAGAUGAGUCGCACAUAAAAUGGAAGGACCUAGGAAAUACCGUUUUGACAUACCUAAAAGCGCGGGGUCAGAACCAGGUCGUCAACUUGAACGGAUGUAUCCUGGCCGAGCGAGGGAACGAGAAUGAGCGAUUCUAUUCCAACCAAGUAACACAGAUGGACAUUCUAGCUGGUAACGUCUCUCGCCAAGUGGAGGAGGUUGGGCCGCUCUCAGAGGUCAUCAAGAUGGCAGAAGGUAGGACAGACUACGAUGCCUCUGUGAUAAGCAAGAUCGCUGCGGAAUGUGCGCCAGGAGACGCCAUGAUCGCGACACCCAAAUCGUCAACACCCGCUUCGCCUCGAACUGCCUUUGGAAUCCCUAAUGUCGAUGAUCCCGAUCCUUUCGGUGUGUUGGCCCUCGAGAUGGCUGGCUUGGAAAUCCGAGAGGCGGGAUCAAGACUGCGACCUACCAGCAGCCAGUUUGACUUCAACCCCGCGCCUACGAGCCCAGCAUUCUCAAAGUUCAACAGGCAAAGUAUUGACACCUUUGUCUCGAGGAGUAACCGAAACAGUUACAUGUCCUCACGAACGGUGAAAAGUCAAAUGACGGAUGCUGGAACACAGACGGACGUGGGCACAACACCCGAGACAACGCCCAGCCCAGGUCAGAGCGAAGACGGUUUUGACAGGUCUACCCGCACGCAAAUUCCCGAGGUCACGGAAGAAGAGGAGGAAGUUGAUUACACAAAGGUCGAUCUGACCCCCAUAAGACAUUUGAGCGGAGCCCAUGAUCCCCUCAGUGCGACCAGCCACAGUAGCACAACAGCUGUGGAACAAGACACCCUCAAAGUCGAGCCCAGGGAUGACACCGAUAAGGCCUCGAGCAACUAUGACAGCGACAGGGACGACAAGAGCAGCCGAAAGACCGACAAUGAGGGUGAAUCUGAAAGCGAGGUGGAGGAAGACGAGGAGGAGGAACCCGUGGUGUUCGAGGUGGCUGCUGUCCAGCCGGCCAGAACCCAAGCUGUCGCAUCCCGCAUGAUCCACGCCAAGGGUAAUAUGGUUACCAUUGGCAAGAGGAUUCCUCCUCCACUGCCCAUGAGGAGCCCUGCCAGAACCUCGCGAUCCAGUAAGAGCGAGAUGGGCGAUGUCUCAAACCUCCGAAGUCCUUUGCGAAAGGAGGCCUUCAGCGAGGAAGAUCUUGCAUCUGAGGAUGAGCAGACCAAGUCUGACUCUUCACCUUAUCUCAAGCCACAAGAGUUCAAGGUUGAGAAGGUCAGAGUUGAGACCAAGAAGGCCGAAGAGCCCAAGAUUGAGGAGGCCAAGGUCGAUGAGCCAAAGGCAGAAGAACCUGAGGCUAAGGAGGCCAAGGUCGAUGAGGUCAAGGCCGAUAAGACUAAGGUCGAAGCGCCCAAGACUGUCGAGAACAAGGCCCAAGAUGACACGUCUUCCGAAUCUGAGGUCGAGUUCUUCCCAGCCGAAGAGGCAAAGACGGACAUUACCAAGACUGAGGAACCUCAAGCAAAGCAGCCUGCUACUGAGCCCGUCAAGAUCGAGGAGCCAGAGGAGGAGGCUACAACUGGAUCCAAGGUUGAGACCAAGGAUGCUCAGACAUCACCUACACUUCCCCAGAUUGAGCGGCCCGAAAGCCCUGUGACACCCGAGAAGAAGCACACAUCAUCUAUCUACACUGGCGUUACUGAUGACCGAUGGAGUGUUGAUGGUUCUACACUUACAACACCUACAUCUGACCGACCUUUCUCAGUCAUUGACGAUGUGACUGAAGAUGUGACACCACGGAAGCCAUCAAAAGAGGUCGAACCAACUAAGGAGGCUGAGCCAACUGAGCUGAACGAAAAACAUGAAGACUUGAAGAAGAUUACAUCGAACGAGACAACUCCCAACACGAUCACGGUUGUAUAA